AUGCGGUGGGCCGCCCUGGCCCUCGCGGCCGUCGCGCGCGCGGUGGUCACGCAGCCGAAGCCGACGGUGACGCCGCCGGCGCCGGCCGUCGCGCCGCGCACGGGCAAGCUCGGCGAGUUCGACUUUGACAAGCUGGCGCCCUACGAGCAGCUCCGCGGCGAGUUCGACCGGGAGAAGAUCCUGGGCUUCAUGGCCGAGCGCCCCCUCGUCGUCGCGAAGCGCCUCGGCGUCGUCGCGUCGACGUUCAAGCGCACGCGCGACGCCUGGGAGGCCGACGAGGCGACGGCGCCCGAGCGGCGGACGCGGGGCGGCAUGCUGCGGGACGCGAUCGCGUCGCUGGGCCCCGUGAGCGUCAAGGUGGGCCAGACGCUGAGCCAGCGGCCCGACCUCGUCGGCGAGGAGGCCUGCGAGGCGCUCAAGGCGCUGCAGACGCGGAACGCGGCGUUCUCGAACGAGGCCGCGUUCGCGUACAUGGCGGACGAGUUCGGCCUCGAGCACCCGGGCCUCCUCGCGCCGGGCAUCCGCGAGCCCGCGGCCGUCGCGUCGCUCGGGCAGGUCUACCGGGGCGCGACGCACGGCGGCCAGGACGUCGCGGUCAAGGUGCAGCGGCCCGACGCGCUGCGCACCGUCGCCGUGGACUACACGUGCUUCGCCGUGGUCUGGGCCCUCGUGGAGAAGUGGUGGGCCUGGAAGCGCGGCGCGGCGUUCGACAACGGCGACAUCGGCGAGGUCGUCGACACCGUCGCCGACGGCAUCUUCGACGAGCUCAACUACGACCUCGAGGCCGUCAACGCCGCGGAGUUCAAGCAGUCGCUCGACUUCCUGGGCUUCGUGGACGUGCCCACGUUCCUGCCGGAGCUGUCGACGUCGCGCGUGCUCACGACGGAGUGGAUCCCAGGGCAGGAAAAGAGAGCGAAAUUCCCAACUUCAAAGGCUCCUAUCUCGGCCGCCUGCACGGCGUCCCUCGUGCUGACGGGCUUCGUCCACGCGGACCCCCACGAGGGCAACCUCAUGCUCCAGGACGACGGCAAGGUCGUCUUCCUCGACUUUGGUUUGAUGUCGCGCGUCGACGGCGACAUCAUGGAGUCGUUCGCGACGGGCAUCCGCGCGUGCCUCGCCGAGGACUACGCCACUUUGGCCUUCGUGUUCCAGAAGGUCGGCGCAAUGGCCGCGACGGAGGGCGGGUCGUCGCGCUUCGGCGCGCUCGCCGAGGUGCUCAACGGCAAGCUGAGCAAGCGCUGGAAGAUGUUCACGCCGCCCUACUGCCUCCUGCUCAUCCGCACGUUCCUCACCUUGGAGGGCAUCGCGGCGCAGGUCGACCCGGACUUCAACAUCUACGAGAUGUCGCUGCCCUGGGCCCUGCGGCGGUCCCUGGCGCCGACGUCGCCCCAGGGCGUCGCGACGCUCCGGGGGAGCCUG